GCGAGCUGGUAGCGCUAGUGGCGGUCUCAUGCACGCUGUUCCUGUUCCUGCACACGCGGGACCUCAGCACCAAGCUGCGACAGAUGCAGCGCCUCAACGAUGACGUCACCGCCUUCAACCACCUCACAGACAGAACUCAAACAGAUCGAAUUGAGCACGCUUACGCAUCUGCGCAAGAAUAUAAGGAGGCUCUUGAAGCACUGCGAAGAAACACUGGCGCUGAACGCAGCAAGCCGCAGCGUACUCUAGAAUCAGAAGUCGCGAGGUCGGAGGAAGUGGAGCAGGAGGUGCAAGAGGAGCUGUACCCGGAGCCGUGGGAGCUGAACAACACGGCGCGCAGCGAGGUCGAGCUGCUCUUCUUCAACCGAGUGCCGAAGGUCGGCAGUCAGACCUUCAUGGAGCUUCUACGACGGCUGGCCAUUAGGAAUCAGUUUGGCUUCCAUCGGGAUGCAGUACAGCGUGUGGAGACCAUAAGGCUGGCGCCCGCUGACCAGCAGGUCCUGGUGAGCCUCGUGUCAGCCCACACGCCGCCUGCCUCAUACAUCAAACACGUCUGCUACACCAACUUCACCAGAUUCGGCUAUCCAUCUCCCAUAUACGUAAAUGUGGUUCGGGACCCAGUGGAGCGAGUUAUAUCUUGGUACUACUACAUCAGGGCUCCGUGGUAUUACGUCGAACGGAAGAGAGCUUUUCCAGACCUGCCUUUGCCUGAUCCUGCCUGGCUGAAAAAAGACUUUGAGACAUGCGUGCUGAGUGGAGACCGCGAGUGCCGCUACCUGGAGGGCGAGACUCACGAGGGAAUUGGUGAUCAUCGCAGACAAACACUCUUCUUCUGUGGCCACGACCCACAGUGCACGCCUUUCAACAGUCUGGAGGCACUCCAGCGUGCCAAGCGUGUUGUGGAACAGCAGUACGCCGUGGUCGGAGUACUCGAGGACAUGAACUCCACCCUCCUGGCGUUCGAGCGAUACAUACCCCGGUUCUUCCAAGGAUCACUCCGAUUAUAUUGGGAAGAACUCAACACAUUCAACCGCAUCAAUCGCAACGCGUUCAAGCCGCCCGUCUCAGAAGCAGUGAAGCAAAUCGUUCGAGCGAACUUCACACGCGAAAUAGAAUUCUACGAGUUUUGCAAACAACGGUUGUACAUGCAGCUGAAAGCUCUCAGAGACACCUCGAUUACUUUACCAGCUACAACAUCUAACCUACCACACAUACAAAAUAAUUAUUAUAAUUAUAAUCACGUAUAGUAAUGUUGUGACUAGAUAUUAAGAGUAAAAUAGAUUACUUACCCACCAGAGAAAAAGCAACAAAUAACAAAUUAUAUUUGACUAAUUUACAAAACUCGCGCGCCACCUUGUUGUAAAUGGUUUACUUAUUUAGAGACUUUUCCUUAAUUGUGGGUAUAAAAGCAAAGUUUCAUCACAAUCGGAUGACAAUUCAUCAUUUAGAACGGAUUGCUAAUAUACAACUUUGUAAAUAUUUUUUAACUUAUAGCGACAUCUAGCGAGCACUCAAAUAAUAUUUAACCGUUUAAGUGGUGCCAUCUUGUGAAGAUUGACAAAACUACAAAGCUUUUCAACAUAAAAGCUUGUGAACAAAACAGUAGUUUUCGAUAAAUAGGCAUUAAUUUUAACAUUUUAAACCAUGACAACCUGCUUAGUUAUAUAACUUUGCAGUAGAUUAUAUUAUUAAAACACUUAUUAGAGAAAAAUUAGAAAAAAUGUAAAUAGGUAGAUGACAAAUUCUCUAGAAAAUUAGAUACUUAGACGAAUAUGAACCAGUUGGUAAAUCGAUGUAUCGUAUAUACAUAUCACUGAUAUUUUUAUAUAUUUCGUUUUAUUUAGGUACUUACAAGUAUAAUAUUAAUGACUCUAUAAUAUAUCUAGCCCCGUCCUCCUGUUCUAAGAUGCUUAGGAUCUAAUGACGAAGAUUCUUGUAGGCAAUGGAUUCUUCUUCUGCAUUAAGAGCGACAUUACUGUAAAAUUGUAUAAAAAUAUUUAUAAAAAAGAGAAAAUAGCUGACUUUCUUGCUAAUCUGAUUGACAGACGUUUUCUAAAAUGCUUGUAAAAAAAAAGAACAUUGCAUUCACUUACACUACUUACCUAGUAUAUAUACGUAUGAUAGGAGCAGCUGACUAAGUUUUAACCUUCUCAAAGUGUGUAUAUGUAUCGUAAGCUCUCGCAAACGUAUCAAUUUUGAACACCAGAAUUAUUAUUUUUAUAUCAAUAUGCUUGCAGAAUUAUUUAGGUAAGACAUUUUCAUAUUUCUUGAAGCAAUUUUGGAAUACUUUCACUAAUACUUGGAUUCUUAGUUGACUGUAGGUGUAGGUAUUCAAUUUUCAUCUAGUUUUCAUACCAGAUCUUUUGUAUGAUAAUUUCCUUUUUAAUUGUAAGUUUAUUAGUUAAGUGACAGUCUUUUGUUUUUACUUUCCUACAUUUAGUUAAUUUAUUAACAAUAUCAUCCAAUAAUUGUGAUAUGUUUAGUCUUUAAAUGAUAUUGUCAAUUGUAUUUACAUUAAAUGUAUAAAUAUCA